AAACUGGCCAAAGCGGUCGCCUCCAGCGGGCAGUAAACCGCCGCUGUGCUACGACAGAGAGAAAAGGGCUUGUGGAAUGGGGUAAACGAAAGACACCAAGGUAUGGGGUACAGUUAUUUUCCUCGGCCCGAUUGUGUGUUGUGUGCUGCCUAGCCUCGCACCUUACUACAGCAUUUGUAUAGCAGUUGCAACAAAAGGAUAACAGUGAUGGAAUCACCCGAGCUGGGAGUGGGCUCCCUAAAGGACGCCCUCUUCAUUCUGGAGAGCGGGGAGGUGUACAGAAACCCCACAGAGGUCAAAAUGAGUCAGAUUGUGCUUCCCUGCCACGCCAACCACUGCGGGGAACUGAGCGUUGGACAGCUGCUGAAAUGGAUGGAUUCCACUGCCUGCCUUUCCGCCGAGAGACAUGCGGGCUGCUCGUGCAUCACUGCGUCCGUGGACGACAUCCACUUCGAACAUACGAUAGGGGUGGGACAGGUGGUUAGUAUCAUCGCAAAGGUGAAUAGAGCUUUCACAUCCAGCAUGGAGGUGGGUAUUUUGGUGACUUGUGAGGACCUCUACAUUGGUAAAGAGUGGAAGGUCUGUCACGCCUUCGCCUCGUUUGUUGCCAGGCGCACAGAGACGGGAAAGGUGCAGUUGAAGCAGGUGAUCCCUCACACCCAGCUGGAGCAGGUGGAGUACAGCCUGGCCGCCGAGCGGCGGCGGAUGAGGCUGAUCCACGUCGAGACCAUUACGGACCUGCUGAGUAACUGCGCGGCGCAGCUAGCAGGAGAAUGCCAGGAGCACAAGGACGCCAUUCCAGCGGAGAAGACGCGAGUGGAGAGUGUGGAGCUGGUGUUACCCCCCCAUGCCAACCACCAAGUCAGUACCUUCGGGGGCCAGAUCAUGGCCUGGAUGGAGAACGUGGCUACCAUUGCUGCCAGCCGGCUCUGCAAUGCUCACCCAACGUUGAGGUCCAUAGACAUGUUUCAUUUCCGUGGUCCUUCUCACAUCGGCGACCGUUUGGUACUGAAAGCGAUCGUCAAUAACUCCUUCAAGACCAGUAUGGAGGUGGGGGUGUGUGCAGAGGCCUAUAAAGGUGGAGAACCUCUCCGUCAUAUAAACAGCGCUUUUAUGACCUUUGAGGUGCUGGAUGGCGAUAGGAAACCUUGUAUGUUGCCACGGAUAAGACCUGAACCUGUGGAUGGGAAAAGGCGCUACCAAGAGGCAUUGGCAAGAAAGAAGAUACGCUUGGAUAGGAAAUACAUAAUCACCUCCAAGCAGACACAAGUGCCCUUAUCCGUUCCCUGGGACCAAAGUAACCAGAUGUACCUGAGCUUAAACAACGUAUCGGCGCUGAAGAUAAUGGUCGCAAAAACAAACUGGGUGUUGACCUCAGAGAAGAAUAAGGUCAGUCUGUACACUUUGGAAGAGAACCAGGUGCUGUGUUUUAAGGUGGAGAUGAAGGUCAACAUCCCAGCAGAUCAGACCUUCCACCUGCUGUCGGAUCUGAGGAAGAGGAUGGAGUGGGACAGGCACUAUGAGAAGUGUGAGGUGGUCCUCCAAGCAGAUGAGGAAGAUACUAUUUAUCGUGUGGCCUCGCCGUCGAUCACUAAAGGGGGAAAAGGUCAAGAUUUCAUCAUGUUGGCCUCAAGGAGGCAGCCAUGCGACGCCAGGGACCCGUAUCUCAUUGCCGUGCGCUCAGUCACCCUGCCCACCCAUCCCCCCACUGACGACUACACCAGGGGAGAGGUGCUCUGUGCUGGCUUCUGUAUCUGGGAAGAGUCCAGUUCAGUCACCAAGAUCACCUACUACAACCAGGCCAGCCCUGGGGUCCUCCCCUACAUCUCCAGAGACAUUGUUGGGCUUUCCUCCAGCUACUACUGCAUCUUCUCCGCCUGCAGUGACUUCCUGAAAGCGAACAAGACCUGCCUAGGAGCUCCACCGCCUCCUCCUGCUGCGCCAUAGAAGAAAAUGCUGCUGGUCGAAACCUUUUCUUCUGUCGCUCUCUCGCUCCCUCGCUCCCUCGCUCCCUCUCUCUCCUUUCAAGUAGGAAACGCUGCAUUAUAAGGAAGGGGGGCGAAUGUCGGGUGUCCGUACCGUACUUUGGGAACAUAGAUGAUCUAAUGUGACCUUUUAACCUUCCAAUCUUGCACUAAGCUUGAGAUCUUACAAAGGGCGAUGUUGGGUUUUAACACAGCAGGCCAACUCAAUUUAGGCCCUGUCCACACAGAGCAGAUUUUUUGGUGAAACCGCAUAAGUCUUGUGCGUUUCGGACGGAGCCGGCGAAUCCGUGUGACGGGGCCUUAGUCAAUGAUCUGAAGGGCUUGUUUCAUUGUUGAAAUUACCCCUAUAAUGCUGUACAAAUGCAGGCGAGAACAGAAUGUGCUAUUGCCUCCAAAAGCUUAUUGUUGUGAAGCAAUAGCUUUUGUACUCAAAGCAGUAGCUUUGAGUCCUUUUGGACUCAAAGCUUCUUAUGUUUUUAUUAGAACCAAACUUCCAUGAUGUGCAAUAUUAAUCCACAAAUCGUUACACAAUAUGUUGGUAGUAUAUCAGUAAUUAUGCCUAGUGUACGAAGAGUAAUAUAAACAAAAUUCAUGACUUUCAGAUUGGCAUGUAACCUCAUUACAUUAGCAUUGCGUUACAUUUACUCGAGUUUAUAGGUGUGAACUAAAAGUAUUCUUUAACCAACUGUUUUUCUACCUCGACUAAUGUUUGAACCUAUCUGAUCAAUGUGUUUAGGUGUUCAUGUAAAUCAUUGUGAUCACUGUGUGCAAUCUUAGAUCUUUAUAUUUGCGAGAACAAUCAAUGGGAAAGGCAAAUUGCCAUCAUUCUAAUAAAGUGUAUGGACGUUAACUUA